AGCUCAUUCAUUCACUCAUGUACGUUAUUUGGCGCGAGUUUAAGCUAAAAAAGUACCUUCAACAUUAUUUGGAAACGUUUUGCAAAUUACAUUAAUAUAUGUAUGAAGGUAAACUUUGUUAAAACAAACAAUAUUUUAAAAUCAUGUCUUAUAUGGGGCAACAAGAGACCGUAGCUUCGGCUGCAAUAGCAAAUUGUUCAAUGGAGUUGGAAGACGAGUUUGGGCCUGUGUCUAUCACAAAGCUAGAGGUAAAUGGAAUUUCUAAUAAUGAUAUUAAAAGACUACAAGAGGCCGGUUUCCAUACAGUUGAGUCUGUCGCGUUUUCGCCAAAAAAGCUUUUAUUACAAAUUCGCGGAUUUUCGGAUACAAAAGCUGAUAAAAUUCUAACUGAAGCUGUAAAGCUGGUGCCUAUGGGAUUCACCACUGCCACAUCUAUUUAUCAGAAACGGACAGAAAUCGUAAUGCUUACAACAGGUUCUAAGGAGCUUGAUAAGUUAUUAGGUGGAGGUAUCGAAACUGGUUCUAUAACUGAAAUAUUUGGUGAAUUUCGAUGCGGGAAAACUCAAUUAUGUCAUACAUUAGCUGUAACGUGCCAACUACCAAUAAGUCGAAAUGGCGGAGAAGGCAAAUGUAUUUAUAUGGAUACAGAGGGUACUUUUCGACCGGAACGUCUGACAGCCAUUGCGGAACGAUUUAAACUCGUGAAGGAAGAAGUUCUGGACAAUGUGGCAUGUGCCCGCGCUUACAACACAGAUCAUCAAACGCAAUUGCUGACACAAGCCGCAGCUAUGAUGGUGGAAUCGCGAUAUGCCCUUCUGGUAGUCGAUAGUGCAACUGCUUUAUAUCGUACAGAUUACGUUGGUAGAGGAGAAUUAUCAGCACGACAGAUGCAUUUGGCACGAUUUCUACGUCUGUUGUUGCGUUUAGCCGAUGAGUUUGGAGUCGCCGUUGUUAUAACGAAUCAGGUCGUUGCCCAAGUCGACAGUGGACCAGCUAUGUUUGCUGCAGAUACUAAAAAACCCAUUGGCGGUAACAUUAUCGCUCAUGCUUCCACAACUAGGCUAUAUUUACGUAAAGGACGUGGGGAAAGUCGAAUUUGCAAAAUAUACAGUUCACCAUGUUUACCCGAAAGUGAAGCCACAUUUGCCAUUUUGCCUGAUGGAAUCGGCGACGCAAAAGAUUGACCCAAAUAACUUGUUAUGUUAAAAUGUAAUUGUUUUAUGUAAAGUAGCAUGUUCCCUGCUAACCAAACCUGGGUAAAAAAACUAGACAACUUGAGAAAGCAAUUGCCAAGAAAAUGAGUAGAAAAUUAUAUAACUUGAGCAAACGUUUGCUCAAAACUAGUUAAAAGACUGGGUAACAGCAUAGGGGAUUUCUGACAGACCGUGCAGAUUUUACCCACAUUCCCCUUGUAUGUUUGAUCAUACAUCCCUGUUACAAUUAUUCAAUUCAAAUUUUAUUUGCCAGCCAAUGGGAUAUUGAUAGUUUGUUUCAUUCGAAUAAAAAUAUUUAUAAAUGUCAAC